AUGGACGAGGCCGCAGCUAGCCAGCUCAGCACCGUCGCAUUUCUGCAGCCGUGGGUCGCCCAGGACCUUCUGCGAGUCGAGGCACUCAACGCACAAGCUUCUCGAGAGAAGUAUCAUCGCCAUCUCGCGAGAGCCGUCGAUGCAGGACUUCUGUCGUUGAGCCAGGCAAAAUGUGAAUACCAUCCACCGACGGAGGCCGAGAUUGCGGCUGGCCUGGCGAGGACCAACGACACAGCGGACGUGUACUUUGCCAGCCGGGACACGGUUGUACAUCGCCGCCCACCUGAGGUCGAAGAGCUGCUGCAAGUUUUCGACAAAGGACCUAUGGGUGCAUAUGUUCUGCAUCUCGAGGCCGAAGUCCAUCGCGCGGAGAGGGUCGCAUCGAUGGCGAAGGUGGAGGUCGUAGCGGCGAGGGACAGGGGCUGGAUGGAGGCGAAGGAAGAGGUAGCAGAAGAGUGGAAGGUGAUGAGGAGGCGACAGAAGGAGUUGGAACGUGAAAUCGAGGAGCUGAGCUCUGCGCUUGGUGAAAAACUAGGCAUCAGCAAUCUCUACCUGGCCAUGAGAGCUCAGGCAUUCGAGGCUGGCCGUCAGGAUAUAAGGGAUGAGAUUGAUGCCUGUGGGAGGAUUGACACGGCUUUCACUCAACGUGUGGUAGAGACAACUCCCCCAGACGACGCUGUGGGAGAGUCUCCUAUGUCGUAUCCGAGCCCUGCACAACUGAUACCAGGCAACUCCUAG